CCCGGUGGCCGCGCGUCGCGCCCCAGCCCGUCCGUCCGUCCAGCCGCCAGCGCCUGCAUCUCUCUCUCUGUCUCUCUGGGCUCUAAGCGCGACUCCUCGCCCCGCCACGCCUGGUGAAAAUGUUGGUGCUUCUGGCUUUCAUCAUCAUCUUCCACAUCACCUCUGCCGCACUGCUGUUCGUCGCCACCAUCGACAAUGCCUGGUGGGUAGGAGAAGAGUUUUUUGCAGACGUCUGGAGAGUGUGUGUCAACAACACGAACUGUACAGAAAUCGAUGCGAGAUAUCAGGAUUACCCCACAAUGCAGGCAGUCCAGGCCACCAUGAUCCUGUCCACCAUUCUCUGCUGCAUCGCCUUCCUCAUCUUUGUGCUCCAACUCUUCCGCCUCAAGCAGGGAGAGAGGUUCGUGCUGACCUCCAUCAUCCAGCUCAUGUCAUGCCUCUGUGUCAUGAUUGCGGCUUCCAUAUACACAGACCGGCGUGAAGACCUUCACAAGAGCAACUUCGAAUUCUACCACCAAGUUCAGGAAGGCAGCUACGGCUACUCCUUCAUCCUGGCGUGGGUGGCCUUCGCCUUCACCUUCAUCAGCGGCCUCAUGUACCUGAUCCUGAGGAAACGCAAAUAGAAGCCCGGGAGCGAGGUCGCUUUUGCUGCAGUACAAAAAUCUACGUUCAGAUAACCGUUUUGUAUAUAAUCAAUUUUUUGUGUGCGGUUUUUCUAGCAAAUAUAUUGUUUCCUUUAAAAGCCAAAAAGAAAAAAAAAAAGAGAGAGAGAGAGAGAGAGAAGAAUUUUGCAUUCUUGAGAUCAGAGAAUAGACGAUGAAGGCUGGGAUGCGGAAUUCCUGCCCAUCUGAAAGUCUCAACGAGACCAAGCCCCCAAUCCAGCGAUGCUCAAGUCCAAAAACAUUCAGCAGGAGGUUUCUUAACCCUGGGGAUGUGAUGUGAUGUGACAAGAGACCAAGAACUCCAGGUCUCAGGGGGACAUCCUUCCCUAGGUGUGAGCUGCACUGAGCCCCUCCUCCCCCAGCUCAGCCUCCCCUCCCCCUUCUGUCUGUGUUAGGGUUGGAGGUGGGGUGAGGGGUGAAGCCUGCUCAGAUGUUUAGCCAAGUUCCAUGUGAUAAACAGGUGUCACCCCUGUGUUGUGUCUAUAUCCAGACCAAAGCCUCCUGUGCCGGGCUGGGUCAAGAAAGUGCCACCCACCUUUGGUGACACUGUUACCGGCUUGCCUUAGGGGAGGCAAUCUUUAACUUGGGGUCGGAUUUAGGCUCACCUUCCUAAGGCAAAGAAUCUCAGUGUGAUCCCCAGCAAACAGUAGUAACGGGGGCCCUCCCUAGACCUGUGGAAUCAGAGGUCUUCAGGGAUGGGGCCUGGGCACCUGCAUUUCUAACAAGCUCCUUGGGGACACGAAACUCCUUGAAGCUGAGGACCACAGCCCUGGGGCCAGGUGAGCAGAGCCGCCUCAUAAAUGUUAAAGGUCUUGUUGUGUCCAGAUGGUGAAUGUCGGCCUCUGCUGGCCUCCAUCACCCCGGCCUUCCCCAUCUGUCCCUCAGCUGCUCACAGGUGGGCCUUCCCAACAGCAGCCUGGUCCCUUACCCCCACAGCCAGCCAGACAGCCUAGGGGUGCUGCUGCCUCCCUCCUCCUCUCAGUAGGAAGGCCCCGCCCUCCUCCUCCUGCCCUGCCUUCUAAGGCUUGCUGGCCUCAGUCAACAGCAUAAAUUGCAGAGGGCUUGGUGCCUGCCCAGCACCGGGGAUGCCAUGUGGGCAGGCUCUUCUGGGGCUCGCCGUCCCGUGGAGAGGGCAGCUGGAAACUUAGGAAAAGUAAUCGCACAGUGAGGAAGGCGGCAGAGAACACACCCAGGGGUUCAAAAGCGAAACUCAUGGGUUGCGGGGGAGACUGCUCUGUCCCUGCCCGUCCCAGAGGCACUUAGAUGGGCUGAAAUACCACUCCAGCCAGCCACGCGGUGGCUUCACUGGGCGGUGUGGUCUGGGGUACACCCAGAGGACACUUCUCUGGAUCUGGAGGGGCCUGGCGUCCCGACUGCAAACGAAGCCAGUGAGAAGCUUCCAGAUGGCCGUGGCUUGCCACUUCAGUGCGCACACUGCCCCCCAGGGAACGUGCUUUGGCAGGGUCUGGGUGAAGGGCGCUCUGGGCGAUUCUGAGACCGUCUUGCGGGGUGCCAGGGUGGUGG